AUGUUUUCAAGUAGUAGAGACGGGAGAGUGAUGACAUCUGAGAACCAGGUCCAAGGAAAGACAAAUGUUCUGAAACAUAAAACAAAAAUGGCUGAUAAAGAAAAUGCUCAUAGACCUAUAUGGAGCAAAAAUAAUAUAAUGAUGGAAAAAUAUUGUAUUACUUUAAAACCAAAUGAAUUAACCAACUCAUCUAUAGCAAUUGAUACACAUAAUUGUGAGGGUAAUAAUCAACCUCUUCAGUUGUUACCAGUUAAAGAUGAUCCCCAAACUGGAAAUAUGCUACUUAACCAGACAUUUCAACUUAAAAGAAAUAGUAAAGAGAAGCUGAUAUCUACAGAAAAACCAAAGCAAGAUGUGAAGAUGCCCAGGAAACCUGUGCUUGGAUUUUACCGUGGGAAAAUUGUUGAAUCUAAGAUUAAUUCGUUCAGGAAACCUCUGCAAGUCAAAGAUGAAAGUUCUGCUGCAAAUAAGAAACUUUCAACUACUCUCUCUAAUGCCACCAAGCCUCAGCCUAUCAGCACCAGCAGUAUAACAGUGCAAAGUGAUAGCACCUCAAAUAGGACUAUGACCACUAAAAUUGUGAGCACUACAUCUCAAAACAGACAACUUGUACGACCUCCUAUUAGAAGCCACCAUAAUAACACCCAUGAAAUGGUGAAACAAGACAUCAGUAGGACCUCUGCCAAUGUUACAAUUCGGAAAGGGCCUCGUAAAAAAGAAUUAUUUCAAUUAAAAACAGACUUAUCUAGUGUCAAAACCAUUUCUUCUCAGGACAUUAAAAAAAAUAAGGCACCAUCAAGAAGCAUAGCAUCUGAAAUUGUAGCCAGGCCUGCUUCAUGUUCCAAUACCAAACUGAUAGAAAAGUCAAAAACCAUGGACCAGCGAAGACAUACUAUGGUAAAGGCAAAUGUCAAUAAUACAUCAGCUCAGCCCAAAGAAACUACAGAACAGAGAAAAGCUCAUCCAACUGAGUGGAAAGCUGGCAAAGAAAGGGUUCUGAAAAGGCCUCCUAGCUCAGUAGUUACCCAGCCUGAGCCUGAAGGACGAAGUGAAAAACCAUUUGGGUCCUUCUGGACUACUAUGGCAGAAGAAGAUGAACAAAGAUUAUUUACUGAAAAAGUAAACAAGACAUUUUCUGAAUGCCUAAAUCUGAUUAAUGAGGGAUGCCCAAAAGAAGAAAUACUGGUCACAUUGAAUGACCUAAUUAAAAAUAUCCCAGAUGCUACAAAACUUGUUAAGUACUGGGUGUGCCUUGCACGUCUUGAACCAAUCACAAGUCCUAUUGAAAAUAUUAUUGCCAUCUAUGAGAAGGCCAUCCUGGCAGGGGCUCAGCCUAUUGAAGAGAUGCGACAUGAGAUUGCAGAUAUUCUAACAAUGAAGAGUCAAGAAAAAGUUAAUUUUGGAAAAAAUAUGGAGGAUAUUUGUACAACCAAGGAGCAAGUCCAAGAAGUGAAUGCUGAAGACACACGUGUCAAUCUAGAGUCAGGAAAAGUGAAAAUGGAAAAUAAACAUUAUAGAAGUGUGACAUUUCAUGAUCGUGAAAAACAGCAAGAAGACAAAACAAAAGAUCCAGUUAAUGAUGUCAAAACUCCUGAUAAAGAAACCAGGGAGAGUUGUUUGAUUAAAUAUAAUGUAUCUACUACACCAUACUUGCAAAGUGCCAAAAAGAAAAUUCAGUUUGACGAAACAAAUUCUGUAUUUAAAGAGCUCAAGUUUCUAACACCAGUGAGACGUUCCAGGCGACUUCAAGAUAAGACUUCUAAAUUGCCGGAUAUGUUAAAAGACCAUUAUCCUUGUGUGUCUUCAUUAGAACAGUUAACAGAGUUGGGAAGUGAAACUGAUGCUUUUGUGUGCCGUCCUAAUGCAGCACUGUGCCGGAUGUACUCAGAAAUCGAAACAAUAGAAGAGAAAUAA